GAGCUUCAACACAGGGAGAACCUUCGAAAACAGACUAUGAUGUUGAGAUUCACAACAACUUCAGGAAGAUACAAGAGCGAGGUAGACUCACUUGAGGAGGCAUUCAUAGAUACAAUGAUUGUUGCUCCAAUACGUGACCCUGGGUUGGUAGAAAAUGAACUAAAUUCCAGAGGGAAAGAACGUGAAAAGGUGCAAAGAGAAAGUAUCAAGAAUAUGCAUCAAGUUCGGGUUGAUCAGUUGCUGAGAAGUGGCUCUGAAAGAGACAAGUUCGGAACAACUGUUGUGUUUGGAGCUGCAGGAAUUGGAAAGAGCACUUUGGUACAGAAAAUAAUCCAUGAUUGGGCUGCAGGGAGAAUGUAUCAAGAGUUUAAAUUUGUGUUUCAAUUAAAUAUACCAGCAUUAAACUUAAUAAAAGUUAAGACAAAUUUAAAUACCCUCAUCUUGAAUUCCUACCCUUACCUCGUAAAAUCAUUGAAAAAUGCAUGGGAAGACCCUGGAAGCAUAUUGUUCAUAUUCGAUGAUAUAGACCAGUUUGACAGUGGCAUGGAUCUUACCGAUUUGGACAGAUGCAAAAACCCACAAAAUCAAUGUUUCGAUGCUGAAUCCCUACAUUGUGUUUCCGAUAUUGUGCGCUGCCUAAUCGAGGGAUAUUUGCUGCAUGGUUGCUCAGUGCUGGUCACAAGCCGGCCUUGGAAAAUGGGGAAUUUAACAAAGACAAAAAUAAAUCUAAGAGGAGAAAUCCUGGGGUUCACCUCAGAGAGUAUAAAACAAUAUUUUCGCCGACAUUUUGGAGAUGAACAGUUAGCCACGGAUGUAAUGGAAUCGAUUCAGUGGAAUGAGACAUUGUACACCAUGUGCUAUAACCCUCUGUACUGCUCCGUUCUCUCCUCCUUAUUAGAGACAGGCCUGGGAGAACGAGAAGAAGACGGGCCACUGUUGAUCCCAACCAACACAGAUGUGUUUUCUGCCUAUGUAACAAAACUGUUAGCAAGAUGUGGUUAUGGUGAGGGUACUGCUCGUGCUGCAAUGUUAAAACUAGGCGAGUUGGCCUGGAAAGGAAUUUGCAAAAAAGCUGCUGUGUUUGAUUCAGACCAGUUCAAUCAACAAGAGCUUGAGGCUUCCAAUCUCAUCUCUUCCUUUAUCAUGGAGAUUGGAGAUUCAUGCAAUGUUACAUAUGCCUUCAGUCACUCUGUUUUGCAGGACUUCAUUGCUGCACUUGGCAAAAGUCUGGCUACGCCAGAAAAAUGUCUGGUCCAAUUGCUUUAUGAAGGGUUCACCUGCAGUGACAACCGAUUCGAGAUAUUUUCACGUUUCCUCAUCGGCCUGCUAUCGCAGAAUUCGACCAGUCAGCUUGAUACGUUUUUGGGCAACUUCCCUCCUGAAGCAACUCACCUUGUGUCUGUUUGGCUCAAGGACAAUAUUAAAAAAUGUAUUAAAAAUACAGAAAAUUUGCAAAGCCAAAGAGUCUUCUUACAUCUGAUGCACUGUUUUGUUGAAUUUCAAGACAAACAACUGACAAGUGGCACAUUCCUCCCACUGCAGUCAAUCACUUUCAACCAGCUUCGGCUGAAACCGUCUGAUUGCGCGGCACUCUCCAUCUCAUUUCUACACGUGGAACAGAUAGAAGAGCUGAAUCUCUCAGCUUGUGAAAUACAAGCUGAAGGUCUUUAUCAACUAGGGCCUGUGCUGCCCAAAUGUAAAAUACUCAGGUUAAAAUCAAACAAACUCACAGAUGAUCGUGUGGAAGAUCUCAUCUCUGCACUCAGAGCAAAUGGUUCAUUGGUAGAGCUGGAUUUGAGUGAUGAUAAUCAGGAUGAGGUACUAACAAACAGACUGACUGAUAAAUGUAUCUCCUCAUUGUACCAUCUCUUCAAAUAUAAACGUAACCUCAAAGAAAUCAGAUUAAUGCACAAUCAUGGAAUUGCAGAAGAGCAUCAAAUUCUUUUGAGCCACUUGUCGACUGAUCAAGAUCAAAAUGCACCAAAGGAAAUUCUGCCCAGUGCUGAUACUGACAGAAAGGACUCAAUACACAAAUUGACUCAUGAUGAAAAUCCCUGUUUACAAGAAAAUCAACACCAUCAACACGAGUGUACAUCUGCGAACAAUAAUGUUGGAGAUUCCCAGAUUGUGUCUACAGUGGCUGGCACCAAGCAGCCCGAAGGUACAGAGAUCCAACAGAGCAGUCCAUCUGAAAUUAGUGAUGAAACUGUGGACAGUAUGUGUCCAAAUCAGCCUCAACAGAAUUCACUUAUUCAGGGAGAGUUGGAGCACGAAAAUGAAAAUGGACAUAAGGAAACUCCACUCAGUGGCAAUAGUUCCAAUGAGAACAUCAGCCUGACGCCUACCAUGACUGAGGAGAUCCAUCCAGGACUGAAAGAAGGAACAGGUUAUCAAAAUGACAAGAGUACAGGUAUACCUGAGGGCACUAAUGUUGGAGACACAGCAAACGUGUCCACCGUAGCUGACAUUCAACAAUCGAGAGAUGCAGUGUUACAGCAGGACAGUCCAUUUGUAGUUAGGGAUGACGACGUGGAUGAUGUUGGUGCAAAUUUAUUCGAUCCCACUCCAUUCAUUCCGAUGGAAUUUGAGGAUCAAGAUCAAAAUGCACCAAAGGAAAUUCUGCCCAGUGCUGAUACUGACAGAAAGGACUCAAUACACAAAUUGACUCAUGAUGAAAAUCCCUGUUUACAAGAAAAUCAACACCAUCAACACGAGUGUACAUCUGCGAACAAUAAUGUUGGAGAUUCCCAGAUUGUGUCUACAGUGGCUGGCACCAAGCAGCCCGAAGGUACAGAGAUCCAACAGAGCAGUCCAUCUGAAAUUAGUGAUGAAACUGUGGACAGUAUGUGUCCAAAUCAGCCUCAACAGAAUUCACUUAUUCAGGGAGAGUUGGAGCACGAAAAUGAAAAUGGACAUAAGGAAACUCCACUCAGUGGCAAUAGUUCCAAUGAGAACAUCAGCCUGACGCCUACCAUGACUGAGGAGAUCCAUCCAGGACUGAAAGAAGGAACAGGUUAUCAAAAUGACAAGAGUACAGGUAUACCUGAGGGCACUAAUGUUGGAGACACAGCAAACGUGUCCACCGUAGCUGACAUUCAACAAUCGAGAGAUGCAGUGUUACAGCAGGACAGUCCAUUUGUAGUUAGGGAUGACGACGUGGAUGAUGUUGGUGCAAAUUUAUUCGAUCCCACUCCAUUCAUUCCGAUGGAAUUUGAGGAUCAAGAUCAAAAUGCACCAAAGGAAAUUCUGCCCAGUGCUGAUACUGACAGAAAGGACUCAAUACACAAAUUGACUCAUGAUGAAAAUCCCUGUUUACAAGAAAAUCAACACCAUCAACACGAGUGUACAUCUGGUUACAUCCAGACACAAGGAGAGAUUUCCAUGCCACCAACAUACACGUUACGUUGUCUGAAAAUAGGAUAA